AUGGGCACACGUGGACUCGUCUUCGUUCGCUGCCGUGGCAGAUACUUCGCCUAUUACAAUCAGUUUGACAGCUACCCCGAGGGCCUUGGGGUUGCUAUUGUGCAGCAGAUCCCUGAAAACUACGGCGAAUAUUCCAAAUGGCUGAAAUGGAUGAGAGGCCUAUAUGGACGUAUCUCGCAGUACUUCGAAGAGCACAUUCUCACUGUCAAUGUCGACUCCCUCCCUGAUACAAUGAGCCCAAACGAGCAACGUGCAAAGACUUAUCGGGAUGUCGAUGACCGGCUACAAUAUGCUCCCCUUCAAUUUCUUUGUCCUCUGGUCAGAGGUUCCAUGAUCAUUUGGAAUUAUAUCAUAGACCUUGAUCAAGAGAUAUUUACUGUUCAAGAAGGAGCUCACUUCAAGCUAGCUAAGAUGCCCCACGCAGGCGACUGGGGUGCCUUGCUCACUUUUGUUAACCAGCGCAUGACCCUCAAAGAUUACACUCCCAAGGAUGUCAUUGCGGAUAUCUUCUGUCAACCGAACAUCAACCCCAAGUGGAAAGCUAUGCGCAAAGCCCUUACAAUAGAGUUGAUCCCAGGGGUUGAUUUUGUCACGAAGAUGAACCGAGCUUUCGGCAAAAGCAUGGCAUCCUUGUUUGAUCUUUCUUUACAAACGCUGCCAGCCCAUGCACAUUUCUUGCUGACCGCGUGCUACAGGACCUGCAGAGAAUACCUGAGCCUUGUGAACAAUUGGGAGCCUGAAUGUUUCGUCUUCAGGGAGCUUGCCUUCGCCGUACUCUCGUUAGCUGCGGGGGAAGUGUACUUUGAAUGCCCUGACGUUCUGAAUAGCAACUAUCGAUCAGAGGGCUAUUUCCUGAUUCCCGACUCCAAGAUCUACAGGCCCCAGUCAAGGCUCCUUCCACUCUUCUUGCAUGAACGUCAUCUUCCUGGAGUCGAGCCUGGCUCAGCACCAAAGAGCCCCACGUUCUGGUUCCACAAUAUUCUUGUCCAUCUCACUUCCAGACUUGAUUUGGCUGAUGUCGAGGAGUCGUCGAUUGUAAACAUAGUCCACUACGGCCUCGAUCAGGGACUUAAAGAAUUUCGUGCUAUAGUGUUUUCAGUCUUGGACGUUAUCUUUAUUCAUGUGCAGAAGGGGCAUGAUGGCAAGCCAUAUGUCAAAAGAUCCCGUAUAAUGUCUCUGUUUGAGUCUUAUGGCACAUCCACAGCAUACAUCAUGACAACACCUCGUUCGAGUCCCAAAACGCCCAGCCAAAUCAGAAAUUCAGACGAGCCAGUAACCAAGAAGGGUACUGCUCUGGAGGAAUCGAAUGAACCACAAAUAGAUGGUUGUCCCAACUUUAUCCUGAUGUACCACUUUCUCCAUGCGGCUACGACUGAACGACUUGCGGGCACAAAAUCUCUUGUGUUUCCCAAUGAGAUAAUGUCUACGAUUAUGGAAUACUCGGAUGUACUGACUUAUCAUACUCUCGCAAAAUCGUCGGCUUUUUGCUACGAGCUGAGUCGUCGCAAACUCCAACUGAACGAUGACUAUGCCGUUGUCGGAAGUGGCGUGGAGCCCAAUGUCUUUGUCUUAGAAGACCUUCGUUCGGGGGCACGGGUUCAUUCUGAGCUCAGAGUGCUUCGUAAUGACCGGCCCUGGUGCCGAGAGGAAGGUGGAAUGACUUUAAAUCCUGUCAUCGGGGUCACGGAUACGUCCAGACUAAGUAUCAUAAGCUAUGUGACUCUUCACAUGUCGGUUGCGACAGCCAAAGAUCCAAUUUUCUUGAGAAAAGAGAGAACCUCUUCUCAGCUGUCACCGAGACUCAAUGACAAUGAUGCUCUGAUCUUCAAGGCACCAGCUCACUCAAAUCUUGAGACUUUCGAAAUUGAAUGGAGACGUUAUUUCAGCCAUCUAAUGACACGCUCAAGUGACCCCGACCAUUAUAGCUUGACUUCUGAUAUUCAAAAUAAACUUUACCGCUGUUUGCUACCCCCUGGAUACCGAGAAUUAACGAUGCUCUCUGUCCAUCUGUUCUUGCGCCAUGGACGGGACGAAACGACAGAAGAAUGGAGGAUGACUCUACAAUUCAUCGCACGUCAACUUUUAGUAUUACAAGCGUGCGAAGAUUCUCCAUCUCGUGGCUGGGGCUAUCCGGUCAUUGUCGCGUUUUCGACAAAAGUGAAGCUCUUCUACUACGUUUUUCAUCGCCUUGAUCCACCUAGUGUUGCUCCAAAUGCGAAAUCAUAUACUGUUGAGAUAGCAGCCCGUUGUACUGAUCCAGAUCCUGGCUGCCGGCUGGUACAGCUCAUCGCGAGAGACGAUCCGAUUGAUUUGAAGAACGACGAUGAUGGCAGGCUGGAGUUUGAGAACUGGGUCAUGAUGUUCUGCAAGAACAGGAGACUUCAUUAUAAUCCGUUUACUGAGGAGUUAGCAGAGCCCAGCGAGGAAGCAUCCGGUGGAGAUAACAACGAAGAUGGCGGAAGAGCUGGACAUGAGGAGAACGAGUAG